AUGAAGAACAUCUCCAGCAAAGCAACUAUGACAGAACACCUCCCCCCCGACCUCACCCUCCUCCUCACGAUCCGUUUUUCUGCCUCAAUCCCAGAUGUCCUCCUCGAAAUCCCUGACCCAACCCUCCUGACAGCCGCGGGCCUCAAACAACUCAUCCGCCAACAUCUCCCACAGGACCUCUCCACACACCGUCUCCGCCUCAUAUAUGCUGGCAAGGCCCUCAAUGAUACCUCUCCUCUCGCCUCCAGUCUAAAAAUCGCCUCUACCAUACCUGGGAUCGGACAUAAUAACCAUAAGACCUCAUCCCCGUUGCCGGAUUACUCCUAUUUGGUCGGUGCUGGGAAUAGGAAUGUGAAAGACAAAGGCAAAGCACCCGUGCGUGAUCCGCCCACACCACAGCUACGGACGUACAUUCACUGCUCGAUCGGAGAUAUCAUCCUCUCCGCAGCAGAGUUAGAGGUGGAGGCGCGGCUUGCACGUGCGGCGGAAGAAGAUGAUACAGAGGGCUGGGAAGGGACCAAGCGGCCAGUGGUGGAUAGCAAGUCCUCCUCUCUGCUUAUCCCUUCUUCUUCUUCUUCUCUCAACAACCCACCACAAUCCUCCUCCUCGUCAUCGUCCUUAGAUGCUUUUGCUACCGCACCGCGUGGUACCAUUUCCACUUCCACUUCUACACACCAUGGCCACGGCCAGCAGCACGCCCAAUCAGCAUCCACCUCCACCCGUCCAUCACCUACCCCCACUGGUCCCAGAGGCUUCGACCGCUUGUUAGAAGCAGGCUUCACAUCUGCCGAAGUGUCUGCACUGCGCUCGCAGUUCCUCGCCCUCCAGUCCCUCUCGUAUACGCCGGAUACAAUGCCGUCCGGCGCGGAGCUGCGACGCCUUGAAGAUAUAUGGAUGGACGAGGGGGCUUCUGCGGGCUCGAUGGAGAUGGGCGGCAGCGGCAUGGGGACAGGGGUUGGCGGUUUUUGUGGGGAUUGUGGUUAUUUUGGGUUUGGGGUCGUGGAGGUUUUGAACUGA